AUCUCCUUGACAUCCUCAGUUUCAGAACAUCAGAAGCUAAGAAUUACUAAAUAGCAAGUGAAGAAUCCUUCGGUCUUGUAGAGGAGGAUAAUGUUCAGAUGAUCAGAGAAGUAGAAGUGGAUAAAGUGACAGUCCUGGAAAGAAAACAAGUUGAAGCAAUCAAGAAGCUCUGGGAAGAUCCAGGAAUUCAAGAGUGCUAUGACAGACGGAGGGAGUACCAGCUCUCAGAUUCUGCAAAGUAUUAUCUUACUGACAUUGAUCGUAUUGCUAUGCCCUCAUUUGUGCCAACUCAGCAAGAUGUUCUCAGAGUCAGAGUGCCUACUACAGGAAUUAUCGAGUAUCCUUUUGAUUUAGAAAACAUUAUAUUUAGGAUGGUGGAUGUAGGUGGCCAAAGAUCUGAAAGGAGGAAGUGGAUUCAUUGUUUUGAAAGUGUUACUUCCAUCAUUUUCUUAGUUGCAUUAAGUGAAUAUGAUCAAGUCUUGGCAGAAUGUGACAAUGAGAAUCGAAUGGAAGAAAGCAAAGCCUUAUUUAAAACUAUCAUCACAUACCCYUGGUUUCUGAAUUCUUCAGUCAUUUUGUUUUUGAACAAAAAAGAUCUUCUAGAAGAGAAAAUCAUGUAUUCACAUCUAAUUAGUUACUUUCCAGAAUACACAGGACCUAAACAAGAUGUCAAAGCUGCCAGAGACUUCAUUUUGAAGCUGUAUCAGGAUCAGAAUCCAGACAAGGAGAAAGUAAUCUACUCCCACUUUACUUGUGCCACAGACACAGAGAAUAUCCGCUUCGUCUUUGCUGCUGUCAAGGACACUAUCUUGCAAAUAAACCUGAGGGAGUUCAACCUGGUUUGAAGGA